GCUUACAAGGCCCACGGGGGCCACGAGGUGAAUGUCGAAAUCCACGAGGGUUACAAGGGCAACAAGGGCCACGAGGAGAAUGUUGAAUUCCUCGAGGUCCACGAGGGCCACGAGGGGAAUGUCAAGUUCCAUGAGGGCCACGAGAUGAAUAUCAAAUUCCACGAGGGCCACGGGGCGAAAGCCCACGAGCGCCACGAGGUGAAUGUCGAAAUCCACGAGGGUCACAAGGGCAACAAGGNCAAGGGCCACGAGAAGAAUGUUAAAUUCUUCGAGGUCCACGAGGGCCACGAGGGAAAUGUCAAGUUCCAUGAGGGCCACGAGGUGAAUGUCAAAUUCCACGAGGGCCACGGGGCGAAAGUCAGAUUUCACGAGGGUCACGAGGGCAACGAGGGCCACAAAGGGAAAGUCAAGUUUCACGCUCACGAGGACAAUAAGGGCCACGCAACGAAAGUCAAACUUCACGAGGUUCACGAGGGCAGUGAGGGCCAUGACAAAAAAGUCAAAUUGUAUGAGGAUCACAGAGGCAACGAGGUCCACGAGGCGAAA